UAAUAACAUGUUGGGAAGGUGGAUUUUCGUUGGGUAUAUAUAACCUUUGUAACACUCUUCUUCCAUAUAACACGAUUUUCUUCUCUCUCUCCCUUAGUCAAAGGGAUUCAUCGUUCUUCUCCGAAGGUUAUUCAGAAAAGCAAAAUGGUGAAGAUUUGCUGCAUUGGUGCUGGAUAUGUGGGAGGUCCUACAAUGGCAGUCAUUGCACUUAAGUGCCCAUCCAUUGAAGUGGCUGUUGUUGAUAUCUCUAAAUCCCGCAUUGCAGCCUGGAACAGUGACCAGCUUCCUAUCUAUGAACCUGGCCUUGAUGGUGUUGUAAAGCAAUGCCGUGGCAGGAACCUAUUCUUUAGCACUGAUGUUGAGAAGCACGUCUUUGAGGCUGACAUAGUGUUUGUCUCUGUCAACACCCCAACUAAAACUCAGGGUCUUGGAGCUGGCAAAGCAGCAGAUUUGACAUAUUGGGAAAGUGCUGCUCGCAUGAUUGCUGAUGUCUCAAAGUCCGACAAGAUCGUUGUAGAGAAAUCCACAGUCCCGGUCAAAACCGCUGAGGCCAUAGAAAAAAUUCUGACCCACAAUAGCAAGGGAAUCAAAUUCCAGAUUCUGUCGAACCCGGAAUUCCUUGCUGAGGGAACUGCAAUCCAAGAUCUUUUCAACCCAGACCGGGUUCUUAUCGGAGGAAGGGAGACCCCAGAGGGCCAAAAAGCUAUUCAAGCACUGAAGAAUGUUUACUCUCAAUGGGUCCCUGAGGAAAGAAUACUAACCACAAAUCUCUGGUCAGCAGAACUGUCUAAGCUUGCUGCCAAUGCCUUCUUGGCCCAAAGGAUUUCAUCUGUUAACGCCAUGUCAGCUCUUUGUGAGGCUACUGGGGCAAAUGUUCAACAGGUGUCUUAUUCUGUUGGUACAGACUCAAGAAUUGGACCCAAGUUCCUCAAUGCUAGUGUUGGUUUUGGUGGAUCCUGCUUCCAGAAGGAUAUCUUGAACCUUGUCUACAUCUGUGAGUGCAAUGGCCUUCCUGAGGUGGCAGAAUAUUGGAAACAAGUUAUCAAGAUCAAUGAUUACCAGAAGAGCCGUUUUGUGAACCGUGUGGUGUCAUCGAUGUUCAACACAGUUUCAAACAAGAAGAUUGCUAUUCUGGGGUUUGCCUUCAAGAAAGACACUGGGGACACAAGGGAGACCCCAGCCAUUGAUGUGUGCCAAGGGCUACUUGGUGACAAGGCCAAUUUGAGCAUAUACGACCCACAAGUUACUGAGGACCAAAUCCAAAGGGAUCUGUCCAUGAACAAGUUUGAUUGGGACCAUCCUAUUCACCUGCAGCCGACAAGUCCCACCACUGUGAAGAAAGUGAGUGUGGUUUGGGAUGCAUAUGAAGCAACAAAGGAUGCACAUGGCCUUUGCAUUCUGACCGAGUGGGAUGAGUUCAAGACUCUUGAUUACCAGAAGAUAUUUGAGAACAUGCAAAAACCAGCAUUUGUUUUUGAUGGCAGAAACAUUGUGGAUGCUGAUAAGUUAAGGGAGAUUGGCUUCAUAGUUUACGCAAUUGGUAAGCCACUGGAUCCAUGGCUUAAAGACAUGCCUGCUGUCGCAUAAGAUAAGAUCAUUGAGCAACUACACUGCAACAUCAGACAAGUAUUGAGGCAGCCAGUUUGAUUCUUUAUUAUUUUUUGUAAGAGUUUUUCUUUUACUCCUUAACUUUCUCAUAAUAGUUGACAUAAAUGGUGGGGAAGUAGGGAGUCACUAUGUUUUGUGCUCCACUCUGUUAUGAAUGUACUAGGAAAACUUGUUAUGUUUGAUUAAUCAUUCUCUUAAUAUCAUAUUUGCGAAAGUUUUGUAA